ACUCAAUCAGUGACAGUCUUUAGUGUCGAGCGUCUCCUUUGUUUGACAGCUCCCCACCACAACUGUUAGUUUUUCUUUUGUCCGACUUAACCUGGGGGUCAACAUGUUCACUUUUCUCUUUUCCAGGGUGUCUUUUGUCAUUGUCUUUGCCUGUGCAGCUGUAGUGUCUUUUAUCAUAGAUUCACACGGUGCAAAGGCCUUUCCCAGUGUUGCCCCAAUAGACAGUGGGGUGGAACCAGUCUUAAGAUCAUACAAGCACUUCAGUCUGCUGUCAUCUGAACCAGGAAAUCAACCUGGGAAUGUCCCUGAAACUCCAAAGAACUGGAAGGCUCUUAAUAAUAGAAAUGCUCCAGCAAUCAUUUAUGUCCAGUCAAACGCGCCUAGAAAAGGACUCGUGAGUUAUAACCCAAACUCACAACACAACCAGCCCCACUUUGAGAGAAUGACUCAAGUUCACAAAGGUCAAAACUUGGGUGGAGUGAAGCCAGCCAGCAGCACUCGCUCAGACCUUUCUAGAGUCAACCCUAACUCUUUUUUCCAGAGCCAAACUGAUGGAUCUAACAAUGGCAAUUCUCAGUCUUGGCUUGCACCAUUUUUCUGGAAAUUGCCACAAGAAGAAAGAGCCCUCCCUCAAAGUCCUUCACAAGUUCAAAAAGCGUAUGAUUAUCAAAUUCCCAGAAGUGGUCCAUCAGCAUUUCUCGAAAGCAGAAGUGAAAAUAGAUUUGACUGGCAAUCCCCCAAUCUCCCAAGGUCCCCUGUACCAUUCAGAAGAAGUGGGUACUGGAGUUUACAAAGCAAAAAUUCAAAGAGGGAUGACGAAGACAGUAAAGGAGGACAUGCUGGAACAAGUGGGAUCCAGUCAAAUAAACCUCCCAGCUUUUUACACCAUAGAUCUUCUCUUUUGUCACCAACGAGCACCAGUUUAGACUCAAGUGAGAUUAAGCCUGAGAAAACAAUAUCAUCCAUCACUGCGAAGUCCUCCCAAAGCGAAAUCUCACCAAACAGCAAUGUAAAGACCAGCUACAAAAGAGUCCAGUCUUAUCUUCUCCGCAAUAUCCACACUACAAUAGCUCCCAUGGGAGUGAAAACCCAAAAUUCUCUUUAUAAUCUUCACAGUGGUCAAGAUUUUAAUCAACAAAUCAAAGCUAAUUCUAUGCUGUUACACCGUGAAAACCAGUUUGGGGGCCAUGUGGGCGAUGUAAUGAAGUAUGACCCGGCAUCUGUCAUUUAUAGAGCUCCGAAAAUGGAAACCCUAACGUCUUACGAAGACCCAAAUGGCGCUAAACAAAACGCUAAAGAAGCCAAAAGUAGCCUAGCGGACACAGGAAGGCCCCAGAAUCCUUUUGAGAAUGUGCAACCAAAAAGUUCAAAUCCAAGUUCAGGUCUUGCAGGUUGGCCAGUUUUGAAGAAAAAUAGUCUGUCAACUAUUAAUUCCAAAGAGGCUAAUUCUGAAGCUAGGACUUAUAGAUUUAUGCGUCCGUCUAUGUUGCAAAAGUACAGUUUUGGACAAAGGUUAGCAGGCCCCGAGAAGACUUCCAGACAUUUUGGUUCUUCGGAAUUUUUAGAUGCAACAACUUCCAAGUCAUCCUCCUUGCAAGAUUAUGGAUCAGCAAACAAGAUUAAAGCAGAAGAUAAUUUAAAAUCUGGAGCUGUCAGUAGUCUUGAACUCGAUGAACAAAAGAGAGACGGUAAACCACGUACAAAAUCAGCAGAUAUCUUAAAAUUGGUCACACUGACAAGAAUCAAGUCCCAGUCUAAAACAGGUAAACACGAGACAACUACAUCACCAUUUAAUAGAAGAUACAAGCAGGGGAAAGCCAAAGAUCUGGAAUUCAAAGCAGUUACUUAUGAUGAUAUUAUUGGAAGCGCGUCUUUUAGUAGCGUCAUGCCUGAAAAAACAAUCACACACAGCGACCAUUUUGAAAAACCAGAAACUUCAGCUAAACAAAAUAAGAGCAUGGACUUGUCAGAUGUGGAUGUGGAUGGGAAAGCAAGUACUACUAAUAAAAAUGCAUCUGUGGGCCUUUCUGUUGGUGGGGAAAGGGCAGAUUUUAAAGGAGAAGCAGAAGCAGAGACUGAAACAGGAAUAUCAGAUUUGAGAGGGAGUAAAGAGGAAAAUGAAGCCAAAAAUGUCCCUCAAGAGCUACCGUCGGAUCCUGAGGAGACUAUAGAAAGUGACAGUUUGCUGGAGUUGGAAUAUCUCCGAACAUCGACUGGAAACGUCUCUUUCCAGUCCUUAAAUCUUAACCUAUAAUUAAUUUAAUAAAGCCUAUUACCUAAACCUA